CACGGACCCGUCAUAGAUUGGCAAAAUGUCAUCGCUUGCGGUUGCGAAGUUGUUCGGUGUCAAGAAUAGGGUCGCUCUGGUCACAGGUGGGACGAGUGGGAUCGGGCUGAUGAUUGCAAAGGGACUCGUCUCUAACGGUGCCAAAGUCUACGUCACCGCCUUACCAGCAGAUGAUAUGGAUGGAGCUCUUGCUGAGCUGAAGGCUCUCGCGACAGAGCAUGGAGGAGAGGCCAUAGGAUUUACGAGCGAUCUCAGCUCCAAAGAAGGAAUCGAAGCAGUGGCGGAAGAAUUGCAGAGGCAUGAGACUCAUUUGGAUAUUCUGUGCUCCAACGCUGGAAUUAGGAGAGAUCCUCCAACCAUGUGCAAUGUUCAAAGUGCAUCCCUGGACGAGUUGCAAGCCUCUAUGUGGUCGUCAGUACACUCGGAUUGGAACGAAACGUUUCAGGUUAAUGUCACAGCACAUUACUUCUUGUCGGUGGCCCUGAUAAAGCUGCUCGCUGCUGCCAGUGACAUGGACAUUGGCAAUGGACGAAAAGGGCGGGACGAGGGCAGGGGGGUCAUGAUCAUCACCAGCAGUUGCGCCAGUAUGCACAAUUGCACCAACAUUGAUUUGACUAGCUACGCGACCAGCAAAGCUGCCAUUGACCAUUUAGUGGCUCUACUUGCAUGUAAAUUUGCAAGAUGGUAUGUUCGAGUCAAUGCAAUCAACCCAGGGUUUGUCCCGAGCAACAUGAAUCCAGUGGGCGACGGCAACAAUCAAUUUGCUGAGCUGUUCAAGGCAAUGCCGGCAGCUCGUAUUGGAAGAAUGGAAGACAUUGCAGGCGCCAUCCUAUACCUGAGUAGCGAGGCGGGAGCUUACGUGGAUGGCCGGUGUCUAUGUGUCGAUGGCGGAAGGACAUUACUUGCCAAUGGGCAAUGAACAGACAUCGCUUGGAAGCAUUAUAAAACGUUCACAACGACACACAUUGUCAGCACCGCCGUGAAGACUACGGCUGUCAAUGGAUUCAAUUGACAUGACAUAUGCCCGAUGACGUUGGCGUUUGGGAGCUCUUGUAACAUAACACACUGUCCAAGACAAUGAUGA